AUGGACUCUGAGCUUCCGAACCUGAUGUCAAGGACGCUUGGCCAACACAAUAUCCAUCCAUCAACCUCUGCACUCCCAAACCUGCCGAUGUAUCAAGGCGGUGCGUUGCAGGAACUUCACCCUCUACUCAAGGUCGAGGGCAUGACGAACGAUUCCUUUGGGCCCAUAGGAUUUCAUCAUGACCAUCAUUUUCCACUCCCCGCCACCCAAGUCCAACUAUCUGACCUGGAGCUUGGUCCGACAUGGUUCACUCAGCAAUCCUACCCACCGCUCAUCAACGGUCGCGCUAUCACGACAUCCGAGUUGAAUGGGUGGCCUGUAAUGCCAUACUCGGCCGACAUUAUGACACCUCCAUACUCCACAUAUCAUCAUUUUGACGAAAGCGAUAGCAGAAGUCCCUGGUCCUCAUCGCCAGAGUUUGCGCACUGCAGACCGCCGACUAUGGUCGGCGAAGAUGAAGAAGGCUGCAACGACAAGCCAUAUGCGCGGCUGAUUUAUGAAGCAUUGAUGCAGGUCCCGGGCCACAGAAUGAUGUUGAGGGACAUAUAUGAGUGGUUUCGCCUCAACACGACAAAGCCCCAAGAGUCUGGGUCAAAUGGUUGGCAAAAUAGUAUUCGACACAACUUAUCCAUGAAUCAGGCUUUCGAGAAUGACCGAGAAGGUUCUCGCGGCAGUGCGAGAAAAGCGAACAGCGUCUGGAUGUUGACUGAGGACGCCAUCCAACACGGUGUCCAGUCUACUACCAGGUAUCGCAAGACUGCAGGGGCCAAAAGAAUGGGAGGAACUCGAACAGCUGCUAUUCAACGACAGAGAUCUGGAGCAAGAGGUGGGCGUGCUGCACGUUGGGCAGCGAGGCAGAGGCGGCAGGAGAAUCCCCAUGUUGCAGAUGCGACUCCAUCGGCCAGUCCGGCCACUCCCUCUUAUUCGGAUGUCAGUGAGUACCAGAGCUUUGACUACAACUAUCAUCCAUCAGCCAUGCUGAGCUGGCCUAUGACUCCGGUGGAUGACAGUCUCCAUCUAGCAGAUGAUGCGAUGCAGAGCAUGUGUCUUUCCCCGCAAAGCUCGUUCGAUCCCAACCAUGCAGAUGAAGGUUCGCAACCCCAAGAAAUCCUGCUGCGAUGCUUGGGGGACCGUCACAUGCAAGGACCAGAUAGCUUGCGCACGACCUGA